AGUUACAUGUCAUACCGCAGUGCAGACUUCGCCCCACAGCUCGGCCUUGUUUGGAAACAGACUACGAAGAGACUCGUUUGUAGUAGUACAUAGGCCGGAUAUGCCGUCUGUAUUUGUCAAUAGUGCCCGAGCUGGGUUUUUUUUUACCCUUAUUUCCUGCUGCGGGGAGAGGAGAGCGUAAGAGCUGUCGGAGAAAGGGAUGUUUUAAAGUAACAGCUGUGAGAGUUGUAGUAGAAGAUGAGGGUCGUUCAGACUUUUGCGCCCGCACUUCUGGCAGUCAUGGCACACGUAUAUGCUGUUCAAGGACUUCUGCCGACACCACAGAACAUCACAAUUCAGGCCGUGAACACUCAGUACAUCAUGAAGUGGGACUGGGAUGAACAUCAAACGAACCGGACUGCCAACUUCACAGCAGAAUACUUGCCGGCCUUUAAAAAGCAGAGGAGGGGGAAGAUUAAAUGGACCCAGGUUUGCAUGGAGAUCACAGAAACAGAGUGUGAUUUUUCCCCUGAAUUGUCCUAUUAUGGGAUAUAUUAUCUUCGCCUCAGAGCCAAUAGCAAUGGAGAGCAUUCCCCUUGGACUGAAAUAGAGUUCUGUCCUGACAAAAAUGCUGAUUUGGGUCCACCUUCAAAAGUGGAAGUGACAUCCGUACGAGGGAUGCUGGAGGUGAAACUGACUGAUCCCAUGACCACUGACAACACAUCCAUGAGGGACAAAGUGAGGGAUUUAACCUACCUUAUAGAGUACCAGAAAGAUGAAUCGCAAUCUAAGGUUUCACCAAUCCAUAAAAUUAAGACGCAAAAUAACAUGAUCAUUAUAUCAGGUCUUGAAUACUGGACAGUGUACUGUGUGAGGGUGCAAGCCUUGGAGAGUGACCUUAACAAGAGAAGCAAGUUCAGUCCUGUGAUGUGCCGCCAGACUGAAGAUGAUGGUCAUGCCCCACCCUGGCUGAUAGGGCUUGUCUUUCUGCUGGCUAUGGUGGUGUCCUGUGGGAUCAUCUUGCUGUGUUUCUUCAGUUUCUAUAAAUCCUACAGAACCGUCCGGAAGGCAUUCUUCCCCUCGUAUGAACUGCCUGCUAACAUACGAGAGUGCUUGGAAGAUUCGUCUCUGAGCUCAGACACUCCGCAGCUGCUGACAGUGGAGUCCGAGUUGGAGCUGUGCUGCCAAAUGCUGGACGUUGUCCCUGAGGAGAACACCAAUGUCUCCCUGCGCAGCCUGUCUCUGACUGAGGUGGAUGUUGUCAAACACAGCCGGCAGGACAGUGGUGAUUCGGGAGUUUACUCUGCAGCGGAGGGAUCAGGGGUACCUUUGGAUACAAAAUUAAAAUGGAGUCUCCAGGAAGAAGAUACAGGGAAAGGAGAGGAUACAGACCUUCUGGAAAAAAAUAAACUGUCCACACAUACAAAUUGUACAAUAAAAGUAUGAUAUCCAUGCCUGGAGAAAACAAAUCACACUGUACAUUCAAAGAAACAAUUUCAGAAGGUUAUCUUAAUUGUACAGCACUGUGAUCAUUGAGCCUCUGUUUGUACUCUUCUGUUUGCAUUUUUUAUCUUGUCUGAACCACUGUUCAGAAUGUGACAGCUGGCCAUUCAGUGACUGUGAAGGUGGUUGUUAUGGUGGACGUACUGUCUGGGACCAUUGUGAUUCAGCAGCGAGCUCUCAAGAGCUCCCUGCUUUCUCUGGCAGGGAGACUGGAAUUGCAGUGCAAGAGCUCUAGGUAGUUUGCGGUUUUGGUUCGCCGGGAGAAAAACUGGAUUUGGAAAAGCUGGAGGGCACUGAGAUAGUGCCCAUUGGAAUGAGAAAAAAUAAUGCACAUGCUAAAACAUAAGGGAAUACUUUUAUUUUAGAACUACAAAGAGAGUUUUCAUUAUA